AUGGAUGCCGCAACGAUUGAAGAAACGAACCGCAUUAGGGUGUCGCUGGGCAUGAAGCCUCUGCCUGUCCCCGGUGCCGCCUCACAAGCUGAUGCAUCCUCAGCGUCCAAAGAUGAAGAGGCAGCAAGUACCCUCGAGAGUCGACAGGCUGAGUCAUAUGAAAACUACAAAAAGCAUCAAGAGGCAGAGGCUGCGAAGAAGAAGCGCGAGGACAGAGCUGCAGCAAUUCGAAAGGCUCGAGAUGAAGCACAGCGCCUCGCCGUCCUAGAGGGUAAGGGUCUUGGGGAGGAGGAUGACAAGGGCGAUAUGGAUGCCAAGGCAUGGCUUACGGGUCAGAAGAAGAGACAAAAGAAGAUUGAUAAAGCGAGAAAACUCGAAGCAGAGUUGGCUGCAGCUGAAGCGGCAGCCGCAGCCGCCGUACAAUACACUUCCAAGGAUCUUGCCGGUAUUAAAGUCGCACACGACACGUCAGAAUUCUUGGGUGGCGAAGAUCAGGUUCUCACCCUAAAAGACACUACAAUCGACGAAAACGAAGAAGAGGGCGAUGAGCUAGAAAAUUUGGGAAUGCGUGAACAAGAAAGGCUGGGCGAGAGACUCGACCUCAAGAAGAACCGAGGAUAUAACCCGAAUGAUGACGAAGAAGGCCAAGGCGGAAUUCUGGCCCAAUACGAUGAUGAGAUUUACGGAAAGAAGGGCAAGAAGUUCACACUCGAUGCCAGCGGGACCAUUGCAGAGCUUGCUGAUAUCCUUGGCGAGCCCGCUCAAAAAGCCGGCAAAGCCACUGUCAGUCUCGACGACAUCAUUGGUGAUGCGCCUGUGUCUUCCGACUACCUUGCUCCGUCAGAAAUCAAGGUGAAGAAGCCCAAAAAGAAAAAGUCCAAGGGCACGAGACAAAAGCAGCACGAUGAAGACGAUAUAUUCCCUCUGGAACCCCCAGGAGACAGCAACAGCAUGGAUUUGGACGACACAGAGACUAAACACAAGAAACGAAAAGCAGAGUCCGAUACAUUUGUAGACGACGACGAUCUCCAAGCGUCAUUAGCACUUCAAAGGAAGAGUGCACUUAAGAAAAGAAAGAAGGCUAGACCCGAGGACAUUGCAAAACAACUCAAAGAGGAAGACGACGACGCAGAAGAAGAAGCAAAUGGCCCGAGCGAAGAUGGCGGGUUAGUAAUUGGAGAAAUAUCAGAAUUUGUGUCCGGCCUGAGCAAGCGAGACGACGAGGAAGAGAAGAAGCCAAGACGUCGUAGAACGCAAACCCGCAGUCCAGGUCUUCCCGAAGACUACCCCAUGGAGAACAGCAACGACGAAGACCAACCUGCCAUCGAGGAAGAACCCGUACCGCCCCAAGCAGAAGAAGAAGAAGCCGGCGUCGAUGAAGAAAAGACCAUCGGCUCCGGCAUGGGCGCUGCACUCUCCCUCCUCCGUGAACGUGGUCUCAUCGAAGGGUCCCGCGAUACAGACUACGACGCCUAUCGCUCCCGCGAAGAAUUCCUCUCCCGCAAACGCCUCCUCGAAGAAGAACUCGACGACCAGACCCGUCUACAGCGUGAACGAGACCGCGCAUCAGGCCGCCUAGACCGCAUGUCCGUCCGCGAGCGUGAAGACUGGGCCCGCCAGCAAAACAUGUGGCGAGAUCAACAGCAAUCCCGACGCAUGGCGGAGCUCUUCUCUGCAAACUACAAGCCCAAUGUUGAGCUGCGGUACACCGACGACCAUGGUCGUUCGCUCGACCAAAAGGAAGCAUUCAAGCACCUAAGUCACCAGUUCCACGGGAAGGGCAGCGGGAAGGGCAAGACAGAGAAGCGCCUUAAAAAGAUUGAAGAUGAGAAGCGGAGAGAGGCACAGAGUCUCUUUGACGCCGGCAGGGAUAGCGGUAUGAGCGCCGCUACGGCGCAGCAGUUGAAGAAGAGACGGGAAGCCGGUGUACGACUUGGAUGA